AAAUUAUCGAUUUAGCAUAAAAAUGCUGAUUAGUUUAAUUAAUUUAGAUAUACAAAAAUACAUAUGUAUGUAGUUAAGUCUGCAUACAAAGUUUGAAAUUACUAACUGCGGAAAAUGAGCAAAGUGAAAUAAUUAAAAACAUUUUUUAAUUUACUAAAUACAAAUAAAAGCAAACGCUGCAAUUACUAAUUUCUAUUAAAGUUAAUCAGCUAUACAAAAACAAAUUAUAUUAAAAAAUGGCCACCGAAUUGAAAACUUCAAUUAAUGCCACUGCAACAACAACAAAUUCAUCGUACACAAGCAACGCUAACUCAAUGAAUAAUAUAAAAACAGUUACGGAAACCAAUGUUGCACAACCGACUCCAGCUAGUGGUUAUAGUUAUGGUGGAAACAGUGUUAACGAUAAAGGAAGUGGUAAUGCCGGUGGAACAACAACGCACAGUGAAAAAUCGGAAAAGCAUUUGGAGCGUAUUGAUUUUGAUGCUCAUGGCGAUAGCAUCGCUUUGCUUGCUGGUGAUGAUUCCGAUUAUACCCCACCCCCAUCGCCAUUAUCAAGUAUUGGUUAUGCCCCACCAAUGGAGCCCAAAAAGCGGCGCUGGUUGUCAUCUUUACACAGUGUCAUUUUCAUUAUAACUUGUGCACUAGCAGUAUUCAUUGUGUUUCGAAACGUCCUUACCUGGCAUUUGCAAAGCUUCUGGGGUGCAUCGGGCGAUUUCUGGCAAGCGCAAUGGGAUAAAUUUAUCGAUAAAACAGGCGAUGAUCCCAUGAUCCUUUGGGUAUUCGGUAGCACUAUAUUCUCGAUGAUAGUCUAUUGGUUUGUUGGCGGUAUUUACACUUUCAUGGACAUGACUAAUCGUCCAGCAUUCCUGCGCAAAUACAAAAUUCAGCCAGGCACGAAUGAACCAGUUGAGAGGGAACGUUUAAUGAAGGUUAUAUGGCGGGUAAUUAGCAACCAAGUAUUUGUCGGCAUUCCAUUCGCUUUCCUCAGCUAUAAGCUAAUGACGCUGCGCGGUCCGAACUCGAUACGUGAAUUACCUACAUUCCACUGGGUUUGCGUGGAGCUGACCGUAUGCAUUCUAAUGGAGGAGCUGGGCUUUUAUUAUUCACAUCGGCUAUUACAUAACAAGCAUAUUUACAAAUUCAUACACAAACAGCAUCACGAAUGGACAGCGCCAAUAGCGGUGACUGCAAUUUAUUGCCACCCAAUAGAACAUAUCUUCAGCAAUCUAUUGCCACCAUUCCUUGGCGUAUUCCUGAUGAACACACACGUGGCUACGGCUUGGAUGUGGUUUGCUCUGGCCAUUUUGUCUACACUUAACGCACAUUCCGGUUAUCAUCUGCCCUUCUUUCCCAGUCCGGAGGCACACGAUUUUCAUCAUUUAAAAUUCAACAAUUGCUUUGGCGUGCUGGGCGUUUUGGAUCGCCUACAUGGCACUGAUAUUCUAUUUAGGGCUACCAAAUCCUAUACGCGUCACAUCAUGAUGUUGAGUUUUGUGCCUCCACGCGAGGCUUUUCCGGAUUCAUCAACCAAAUAGAAUAUCAUCCAACAUAAGCUUAUUGAAAUAUCAAAUCAAUAUAUUUUAAUUCGUAUUGAAUUCGCUUUAUAUGUAUGUCUAAUGUAUGUAUGUAUGUAAUUAUGCCUAUUCAAAAAAUAUUUAUAGUUUUACAUAAGUUGCAUUCUAUAAAAUUAUGUGAUAUGAUUGUAUAUAUUAAAUAUACAGAUAUACGUAGCUAAAUUAAAUAAUAAGAUAAUUAAUAA